CCUAACCAUUAAAGACGCAUCAGGCAAAAUAAAAGCAAGCCUCUUGAAGAAAAUUCAGACUCUCUCUCUGUAGGAUGAUUGAUUUACAUCAGAUUGAUAUGAACCUCAAUUUCUAGUUGCAGUCAGGAUGAUUAGGAUAUUUAAAGUUAAGGAGAAACAGAGGGCAGAAAGUGCCCUUGGAACAACUCAUGUGAAGAAGCAAAGUGCUGGAGAAUUGCGUCUCCACAAAGAUAUUGGUGAGCUGAACUUACCUAAGUGUUGUAAUGUUGCAUUUCCCAAUGGUAAGGAUGACCUGAUGAACUUUGAAUUCACAAUUCAGCCUGAUGAAGGAUAUUACGUAGGCGGCACCUUUCUUUUCUCCUUCCAAGUUCCCCCUGUAUAUCCCCACGAGCCACCAAAAGUCAAAUGCAAGACAAAGGUUUAUCAUCCUAACAUUGACUUGGAGGGAAAUGUUUGUCUUAAUAUCCUGAGGGAAGAUUGGAAACCCGUCCUCAAUGUAAAUACAGUUAUUUAUGGGCUCUUCCAUCUUUUCAUGCAACCUAAUCAUGAAGAUCCUCUGAAUCAUGAAGCAGCCGAGGUUCUGAGAGAUAAUCCAAAGUUGUUCGAGUCAAAUGUGAGAAGGGCAAUGAGUGGCGGAUAUGUAGGCGGUACCCACUUUCUCAGGUGCAUUUAGCUUCUUGGCUUUGCUCAGGUUUGUUCGACAAUCUUUCAAAAUUGUUGAUUAUCAAACAAAAUAAUUGUGUUUGCCAUCAAUCAUCCUAUGUAUUUUGUUGUAAAACUAACUGCAUAUUAUAAUAUCAUUGAUCAAGUACACUAUGAA